GUUGAGUCUUGCUCCAAGGCUUCUUUACAAGGGUUGGGUUUUUGGAACUUGACAUGAGGCCGGCGAUUGUGAGGCGCUCUCUUCAGGGACUACUGUACAAUUGGGAAAUUGUUUGGAAAUCGUGUAUCUUUGGGACGAUAGAAAGAUGGCUUUGAGCCUCUUUGCCAUGGUUUUCGUGAGAUGGCUCUCAGUCACUUCUUUGAAGAGAGAGAGAGAAGAGAGUGUGUGUGUGUGUGCGUGUGUGCGCGCGUGUGUGUUUGAUCGCUUAUCCAUUUCCAGAAGGCGAUAUUCUCGCAUUGAUAGUCCGUUCUGCAAAGAACGGAAAACAGCAUACCGCGCGGAAUUCUUGAUUGGGGGAAAGGUUCCCUCUCUAUCCACUUCUGUGCUCGUGGCUCUCCCAGUGCUUGUCAAAGCCACGAUAGCCUCGUCGGCGAAUGCUCGGCUGGAAGAGAGCCUAUCGCUAGGAGGUUUGCGCAUGACAUCAGUUCAGCCUUGAAGACCCUUGCAAUUGGUUUUAUAUAUAGAUAUUACGCGGAUUAGGGCUUGUCAUCAAAGACUGACCCGAUCAUGCGGAACGCAAGCGUACUAGAGAGAUGGGGCCGGUUUGGUAUGGAGCAG